CCAAAGCGCAAUCCGAGCGCCUCCAGCCACCGUGAGACGAGCAGCAAAAGCAGGCACCUGCAACUGAGAAGCGGUUACUGAGAAGCGGAGAAAACGAGCUGGAAACUCACUAGAAUAUGCCAGGUUUAAGAAACCGUGACACAUGGGCUCCACUGCUGCUGAAGAGCUCUCACAUUACGUCUUGUGCCAAUGGCUACUCGCUGGGAAUAACAGCAUGCUUGACAUACGUUAACACUGACCCAAAACCUGUGGAAGGAGUGUUUCUGUACCCACUGCGUGAGCAGGAGGUGGUGGUGGGAUUUGAGGCAGUUAUUUCUGGAAGGCUUCUGAGUGUGGAGGUCCAGAGUCGAGGGUAUCUGGAAGACUGCUGCCCUGACUGCUGCCCAGGGCCAGGAAUUCGUGGGAAAGAGUGGGCCUGCUGUGGUGGGACAGGUUAUGACAUACAGUGUUCCAACGGUCAUCUGCUGCUGGAUGAAGAUCUGGAGAGGACCAACUUCAUCACAGGCAUAGGGAUCAUUUCUCCCAUGGAGGUGGUGUCUAUUGUCAUCAGUACCACCCUGGAACUUUCCACUUUAAAAAAUGGAGCGAUACAUCUGAUAUACCCUACAGUGCUCACACCCAUUGUAAAAGGUGUAAAAGAAGGGAGAUCAAAUGAAACAAGUGCAACAAGGUGUUUUAGGGGUGUUUCUGGUAAGCAGGAGAAGAUGCUGGAAAUGAAUGAGCAUUGCAUUCAUUCACUAUUUUCUAGCCCUGCAACCAACCUCACCCCCUAUGAGCUCAACUUCCAGCUGCUGGUUCGAGGGGCUUGUCUACUCGCAGGUCUAGAAAGCCCAACCCAUGCACUACGGGCAGAUGCAGACCCCAGUGCCCAGUCUGCCUCUGCUACUUACAUCACCCUUGCGGAGGAGCAUUUGUAUGACCGGCACUUGGAAAUAAUCCUCCAUCUGAGCGAGCCUCAUAACCCUUUGGUCAUUUUGGAGAGGGGCCGGCUUGACUUCAACCAGUAUGAGCAGCAAAUCAGUGCUCGCCCUGAUUUCAUUCGUCGUGUCCAUAAAGAAGCAGAACCUGAGAAAAAACUGGAGUAUAUGAGAAAGCGUUACCACAAGGAUGUGCUGAAUAAUCCAGUGCUGAUGUUGAACUUUUGUCCGGAUUUGCUGUAUGAGCCUCCUGCGCUCCAGCAGGCAACAAGAGAGGUUCUGUUCCUCAUCAACUGCAGCAGGAACAUAGCACAGCUAAGCAUCAAUAAGAUCAAGGAAGGUAUGCUGGUGGCCAUUAAGAGCCUUCCUAGUAACACAAUGGUAAACAUCACUGGCUUUGGCUCCAUCAUAAAGCCUUUAUAUGCCUCCAGCAAGCCCUGCACUGAUAUUAUUAUGGCCCAGGUAUUAGAUUAUGUGCAGAGGUUGCAUGUGGAUCAGGGUGGCAGUAAUCUGUUGAGGGCACUUUCCUGGGUGUACCAUCAACCUACUCAUCGUAGCUGUCCUCGACAGCUCUUCAUCCUCACUGAUGACUCACUCAGUAACGUCGGUCAAGUUCUAGAACUAGUCAGGAGGAACACUAGUAAUGCCAGAUGUUUUGCACUGGGUCUAGGCUCAAGGGCCUGCAGGAGGCUCCUUCACGGUGUUGCCAAGCUGACUGGAGGAAGAGCAGAAUUUCUCUGUGAUGAUGAGAGGCUACAGCCAAAGUUGAUGAAGUGUCUGAAGAAGGCUCUGGAACCUGCACUGACAGAUGUGCGCAUUGACUGGUAUGUGCCAGAGAACAUGGAGGCCCUUCUCUCACCUAAUGAGAUCCCUACACUCUAUCCAGGGAGCCGUUUGAUUGGCUACUGCACUCUCUACGAUGUCUCCGCUUACAAGGUUAAGAAGAAUGAUGUGAAGAAUCCGGCCAACAGGCUCUUGCCAUAUGGCUCAUUUGGGUCAGUGUUUGAGGUCUCUCCUGGAUCAUCUGAUCUGGCUGGGAGAGAGGGAAGAACAGAACUGGGACAUGAAGAGGACACUGAACAUACGCUAAGAGCAUACUCACAAGAAAUCUCCUCUGAGUUUUCUUGUGCUCCAGUCACAGACAACACUGCCACUGAUGCCUACACAUCAAAUGAUGUGCGAUGGCGGAUGGAGCAGACAUCAUAUGUGCAGGAACAGUACACAUUAACGCGGUGCUCUCUGGGCAGUGAGAAGUGUGUGUUUCCCUUCUUCACACCCCUAGCCGAGUGCCUUUCUUUGGGCUUGGACACUGCAUCACUUCCUCAUGGCCUGGAGAGAGUGCAGCCUCAACACAGCCAUAGUCUCACACGCUGGGACACAUCAUGGAAACAAAACAUCACCUCAGUGGAGGCAGAUCCUGGAAAGGCUAGCCGGCUGUUAGAUGGUGAGGGCUGUGUGCUCAGACAGAAGACUUUAGCCCGUGCUGCACUGGCUGGCCGCAGUUUUUCCUCACCACAGGGUGAUUUGGACAUGCACCGACUGCGAAGGGCACUGGAGAGAGUCUCAUUUGAGCAGGCAAUGGGAGGCAGACUGGAGGAGAGUGAUACAGAGACAGAAAACAUUCAGCAAGGAGCUCUGUCUCUCACAGACUCCAAUGGUUUUCUCUUCCCAGCUUCACCAUUGGACUGGGAUGGUUUCACUGAUCCUGAAUCCAUAUUUGCAGCUGCUCCUGUUAUGCAGGUGCCAUGCCGGUCGGUGAUCCAUGGCAUGCUGGGAUCAAGGCCUAUGUCCUGGGAGGUAAGCAUGGAUCUUUGUGUCCUCUGGAGUCCUGAAGAAGCACCAAGGGACACCUGGGAUGAGAUUGUCCACCAUCUUGCUGCCCGUUCUGUCAUCCUAGAUUUUGAGAACAUGGCAGAAAAGGAGAAAGACAUAGAGCAUGGUUCAUCAAAGAGAUACCGAAUGAAAGCCAUCCAGACUAGCAAGAGCUGUGGACUCAUCUCCAUGUAUACAACCUUCAGUACUACUGAUGUCAGCCCCAGGAAAAUGUUUUCAAAGUCUGCAGACAUACGACACACGGGUGUGCGUCUUAGGAGUAAACACAACCCUGGUAGCAGGAGCCAGAGGGCAUACUCUUUGGGUUGCAGACCAUCCAGGAGAGACAGUCAGGAAACAGAUGUCUCACACAACUCUAUAGGUCUAGGUCCUGGUAGUCCAUCUGAUGCCUCAUCCCAUUCUCAACGUUCAGCUGAAAUCAGGACCUUGGAGAGUUUCUUCAGCUCCAGAUUUAAUCUUGGCAGACUGAGGCCUAGCCACACCUCAGGGAGGCAAACUCCUCUUCAACCUCAGUGCUUGUUUGCUGAAUCUGAAACACAGAAAGACUUCCAGUCUCCUGACUACCUGACUCUGUUGCGUUUGCAGCUUGCUUCGGGUGCCUUCCUGCUGUCUGAGUCAUUUUCUGAGUGCAUUCACAUCCCACUGGAUCGUCUAAAACGAGCAUCACCGUACCUGAUCCACCGCAGCAGCUUGAGCCCCCCAUACCACUUGGUCUCUUCCUCCAAAACUCACCCAAUUGCCUCCCACAGGCCAGGUGACCAGAGUAUCACAUGCCCUCCUCAUGCUAGCUCAGGCCAAACAUAUUCUAAUGAAUCCUUCAAUGUUCUUCCACAACCCUUCAGCUCAGAAAAGGGCUCUGUCGAAGUUAUGGAGGGACACCCACAGGGUGACAGUGGGCGUGGCUCUGAAACAGACAUGUUUGAGGAGACAGAACCACAGGGGGAAGAGCAGGCACAGCUGGAUAUGGAGAGUUCCAGCUGGGCAACAUCUGUGGCUUUAGCGUGGCUUGAGCAUCACUGUGCUGGCUUUUUUGUGGAAUGGGAGCUUGUGGCAGCCAAAGCAGACUUCUGGCUCAAAUGUCAGUCACUACCAGAGGGUGUAGACCUGCCAGGGCUGAAGGCCGCCGCUAGACAGUUGUUCCUACUGCUGCGCCACUGGGAUGAAAAUCUACAGCUUAACAUGCUCUGCUACAACCCAAAUUACAUGUGACAGAACCAAUUUAAUCCAAUUCAGCAUGUACUGCUACAGCUAACAGUGAUCGAAUGUUCAGUUGCACAAAAUGUUCUAUAUUUAUGUAUUACAUCAAAGGUUCUUCUCAGAACUUGUAAUGAAAAUGUAAUAAAAUCACCAUAUGGUUUUUAUAUUUCCUUUGGUACAGUGCAGCUAGUAUGUGACAACCUCCAACUGUACAUAUCCUUAAAAAUCCAAUUACCUUGGACUGUAAAGAAAAAUAAAACUGGGAAAAGGCUCUAAUCAAAAUCCUGUAUAUUUAUUUUUAGUCCAAACCAGAAAAUAGUUUGAUUCUAUAAUCUGUUAUGACAACACUGGUGUAACAUUCCUAAAUUCUCUCAAUCCUAGUUCUACAGUUAACUAGACCCCAAAAGAGGAAAGGAGGCAACUUAAGUUAUCUCUCUUUAGUCUUGUAAAGCAUUUAGGAUUUAUGGUGUUAAUACAGUAACUGUCAUAUUAUUCAUUUUAAGUGAUAUAUUAUUGUAAUAAAAAUAACUCUAGCCAUAAGUACUUUCCUGAGAGUGGCUACAUUUGUCUGAAU